AUGGCGAGGCGCGCCCGGCUCCGGAGCGGCGCUGGCGGGCGCUGCUGGCUGCUGGCUGGGCUGCUGCUGCUCGCCGGCCCUGGGGCCGCCCCCGAGGCGCACGGGCUGUCGCCGCAAGGAGAGAUUGUGGUGCCUCGCUGGAUUUCGGGGGGACGGAGCAGACGGGCUGUCGACGUAGCGGACAAGGCUCUGUCACCUGACCGUGCAGAGGUGGCCGUCACUGUCGAGGGCAGGGAACUUAUUCUGGUGCUGGAGAAAAACCAACGGCUGCUGUCUCCCAGUUACACUGAGACGCAUUACACAAAGGAUGGGCAGGCAGUGACCGUGACCCCCGACCACACCGAACACUGUUACUAUCACGGCCACGUCCGAGGGCACAAAGGAUCCUGGUUGGUGCUGAGCACCUGCUCUGGAAUCAGCGGCCUGAUCACCCUCAGCCAGAAUGACAGCUAUUACCUGAAACCUCCGGGGGACUCAGCAUCUGAGCACCACGUCAUCUACAGGGCAGAACAUUUGCCGUCCCAAGGCGGGACCUGCGGGCACGGCGAGCUGCUCCCCAGCAACGUGGCAGAUCUUGUGAGAGCCCUGAAACCGGCAGCUGCACCCUUGCGGAAGAGGAGGGAUGCCUGGAGGACGAUGAAAUACAUGGAGCUCUUCAUUGUCGCCGACUUCACCCUGUUUCUGUCUCAAAAGCAAAAUUUAGGGCGCACAAAGCAACGGAUCCUGGAGAUCGCUAAUUAUGUGGACAAGUUUUACAGAGCCCUGAACAUCAAAGUGGCCCUGAUCGGUCUUGAGGUGUGGACGGAGCGGGACCAGUGUAGAGUGACCAGCGACGCGAAUGCCACCCUCUGGUCCUUCCUGCAGUGGAAGAAGUCUCUGAAAUCUCGGAAGAAGCACGAUAAUGCCCAGUUGCUGACUGGCGUCACCUUCAAGGGAACCACGAUAGGCAUGGCCCCACUGGAGGGAAUGUGCAGCACGGAGAACUCUGGUGGCGUGAGCAUGGACCAUUCGGAACUGCCGGUGGGGGCUGCAGCCACCAUGGCCCAUGAAAUCGGCCACAAUUUUGGUAUGAGCCAUGACACCGAGGGUUGCUGCGUGGAGGCCACGGCGUCCGAGGGAGGGUGCGUCAUGGCAGCCGCAACAGGCCACCCCUUUGCAAAAGUGUUCAGCUCUUGCAGCCGGAGGCAGUUGGAGAGCUACUUCCAGAAGGGGGGCGGCAUGUGCUUGUUCAACAUGCCCGACACCAAGGAUCUGGUGGUGGGCAAGAAAUGCGGCAACGGAUUCCUGGAAGAUGGGGAGGAGUGCGACUGUGGGGACAUGGAGGAGUGCACGAACCCCUGUUGCAACCCUCAGAACUGCACGCUGAAAGCAGGAGCCGAGUGCGCCCACGGGGAAUGCUGCCGCGGCUGCAAGCUCAAGGCAGCCGGGACCAUGUGCCGAGACCCCGCCGGACCCUGUGACCUCCCAGAAUACUGCACGGGCGCGUCGCCCUACUGUCCCGCCAAUGUCUACCUGCUGGACGGCUCCUUGUGUUCCUCCGGGGAGGCGUUCUGCAGCAACGGCAUGUGUAUGACCCAUCACCAGCAGUGCGUCCAGCUGUGGGGACCAGGCGCCUGGCCAGCCCCUGAUGCAUGCUUCCAGGAUGUGAAUACGGCGGGGGACAUGUAUGGGAACUGUGGCAAGGACAGCCACGGCAAUUAUGUGAAGUGCGCCAGGAGAGAUGCCAAGUGUGGCAAGAUCCAGUGCCAGAGCUCCGCGAAGAAGCCCAAGGGGACCAACACUGUCUCCAUGGACACCACCAUCCGGUUCAAUGGGCGGGAGGUGAAGUGCCGAGGAACGUUGGUCUACGGGACGAAGGAUGAUGAGGGAGACAUGUCGGACCCCGGGCUGGUGAUGACGGGGACCAAGUGUGGGGAUGGAAUGGUAUGCAAAGACCAGCGUUGUCUGAACGCUUCCUUUUUUGAACUGGACAAGUGUCUCUCCCAGUGUCACGGACAUGGGGUUUGCAACAGCAACUGGCACUGCCACUGCGAUGCCAGCUGGGCUCCUCCGUUCUGUGAUAAGCCGGGCCUGGGGGGCAGUGUGGACAGCGGCCCUGUGCAGUAUGACCAUCAUGAAGCCAUCCUGCUAGCUCUGCUGCUGGUCUUCGGUAUCCUGGCAGCUUUUGCUCUUGGACUGUAUUCCUGCUACAGACGGAAGAACUCCCUUCUCAACAAGUGGAUCAAAGGCUUAAGGAAGAGCCAAGAAACAUACAAGAACGGCGGCAUCCGUCGGAAGACCACUGUGGGGCACUCGAACUCAGCCUUCACUUUGCAGGACGUAUCUUCCUCCUCCCCCUCCCCCUCCGGUAAAGCAACGAGAAGCAUCUUCCCACCCAAGUCAAACUCUCAACAAAGCACCUCUCAGCCCAUCAACGUCGUCCACCCUCUCUGCCAGGCUACCGGCCCGGCAGCUCCUCUCCAGAAAGACUUGAAGCCCUGCAGACCUCCUCCUCUGCCCAUCAACAAAUCCCUGGCCGUUCCCUCCAAAACCCAGCUGGGCGCCCAGAACAAGCUGCCUCCACCAAAGAAGCCUCUUCCCAGCAGUCCGGUCAGGACCCCUUUGGUCAAUCCGAGCCAAAGGCCGCCUCGCAGGCCCCUGCCGGGGAACCCCCUUCUGGCUAAGGAGCGGCCGUCUGCUCCGGGUCAGGCCUUGCUGGUCAUGGUGCCUCCCACCAACUUUAAGCCAGCUGGGGUCGCUUCCACAAGCCCCGUCUCCAAACCACUCAAAUCAAUGCCCCCACAAAGAAUGGCCGCAUCUGCCCGCUCCAUCCAGUACAAAAGCCUCCACACCGGUGCCCAGAUGAUCCAGCACUUCUGGCGCAUGCCAAGCGCCAAAGCAGAAUGUCCAAUUUACAUCCAGAAUGCCAGUUGGGAAGAUUAUAUGCUCUGCCAACAAGACAUCAAGUUGACGGGGGCAGCUAAUAGUUCUUGGAGAGAGAAGGUGACCUCCGUUUGCAGAGAUGCUUUGCUUCUGAAGAUGAGGUACUAUUAG